AUGCCAGUGAAGUCCCCUGUCAUGAUCGCUGCCUGGGUUCUCCUCCUCCUCUUUCCUGCCUGCUUCUCCCGCCACCCACCCUGGCUGCCCUCGGGAACUUCGAGUCUUCACCAACGCUGCUACCCUCCCGAGGAGCUGUCCCACAACCAGCUUCCCCUCCACCUGAUAGGCGUGGGUGCCCGGUCUGCCCGCUCCCUGCCUGCUACACUGGUGGCCAGCCUGGAGGCUGGGAGCCUAGCAAGGACACGGAGACAUCAGCGCCACAAGGAGUCCCGAUGUUCAGCUCUCCAGCUUGAAAAUGUGUACGAAGCCGAGGUCCAUCAGCGAUCCCUCUCACCGUGGAAAUACCGAAUUAACUCAGAUGAGAACCGCUACCCCCAAAAGCUAGCCUUUGCAGAGUGUCUGUGCAAAGGCUGUAUCGACAUGAAAUCAGGUCGGGAGACAUCUUCACUCAACUCAGUUGAACUGUAUCAGAGAGUGCUGGUCCUCCACCGAAAGCCCUGUGCUUUGAAGGGAGAUACUCAAGUGACCCCAGGGGCCUUCACCUUCGAGAUAGAGUACAUCAACGUCCCUGUGGGCUGUACCUGUGUCCUGCCCCGGUCUGGCUAA